UAGCAGAAGGCACAUAACUUAAAAAGAAUUUACACUAUUAGAUGUUUUUCACAUCUCGAGCAGUUAACUUGUUUUGGUGCGGUGACAGAGUCAACCCAUUUUUUGGUGCUUCGUAUAGUCUCACCUUUUUCUAAUGGUGUGCCUAUAACUUGAUAAAAAUGGAAACUACACAGAUAGAUGAUAAUGAACAUAAAUCGCCGCUCUUCGGCGCUCGUCAUGUACAGUGUAUUCUAAUAUUUGCGGGAAUGUCUGCUGCCUUCACGCAGCGAAUAAAUCUAUCGGUAGCGAUAGUGGCAAUGAUGGAUAAGAAUUCGACCAAUCCCGACUUUGAGGAAUACCAAUGGUCGGAGAAGACAAAAUCUUACCUGCUGAGCAGUUUUUAUUGGGGCUAUUGUGUAACACAAAUACCGGGCAGUCAAUUGGCCCACAGAUUUGGUGGUAAAAUAACACUACUUUGUAGUGUAGUAUUGAGUGCAAUCUUGGCUUUACUAACACCGCUGAGCGUGCGUUUGGGCGACUGGCAACUGUUCUGUGCGCUAAGAGUGUGUCAAGGUCUCAUACAAGGUAGCACUUUCCCUUCGGGACAUACGUUGCUCUCGAAAUGGGUACCAGCCGAGGAACGCAGCACACUUGGCACCUUUUGCUACACUGGCGUGUAUUUUGGUAAUUUGUUGAUGAUGUUGGUCAGCGGUUGGAUUGCCACAUCCUCCUUUGGAUGGCCUGGUAUAUUUUAUUUCUCCGGCAUAUUCAGCUUAAUUUGGGGUUUGAUCUGGUACUUGGUUGGCGCAAGAGCACCCAGCGAGUGCAAAUGGAUGAGAGAAGGGGAACGUAUGUUCAUUGAAACCGCGCUGGCAACAUCGACCAAACCGGAGCAUGAGCAUGCUCUCACAAAAACACCUUGGUUGAAGAUACUCACAUCUGUACCUUUUUGGGUGCUAUUGGUGGCACAGUGUACCACCAGUUGGGGAUUUAUGAUAAUAAUGACAGAAAUACCUUCGUAUAUGAAAGGCGUACUGGGACAGGAUAUCGAGAGCAAUGCACUUAUGUCGUCGGUACCUUAUCUGUCAUGUUUAUUCUUCACAAUUGUUUUUUGUAUUUUAGCCGAUUUUCUGAUGAAACGUGGCUACACGAGCGUCAAUACCAGUCGUAAGCUGUUCAACACUAUCGGUUUCUGGGUGCCCGUCGUACCGAUCAUACUACUCGGCUAUAUGCACGCCGAUCAGAGUGAAUUGGCACUGGCAUUGCUUAUUAUUGCUGUUGGUGUGAGUACGGGGUGUAAUUUGGGUUUUCUUACCAAUCAUAUUGAUUUAUCACCCAAUUUCGCUGGUAUCCUCAUGGGCAUAGCGAAUUUUGCAACGGGUAUUAUAAACUUUUUAGCACCUCUAACGGUGGGUUUCAUCAUCACAGAUGCGAAAAAUGUACUUCAGUGGCGUAUCGUCUUCUACAUUACCGGCGGUAUGUACUUCUUCGGCAAUUUAUUGUUCAUUCUGUUUGGUCAGACCGAAAUCCAAGCCUGGAACUCAGUAAGGCGAUCACCAUAUGCGAUGCGCAACUAUCAGAGUGAAGAAUGAAUGAAUGAUUUUUUUUUUUAAUAAUUAUUUUUUUAAUUAUAUUAUAUGAACACUAUUUUUAUACAAUCACAACA